CUAUAAAUAAUAAGGCUUCCUCUGUUUUUUCUCACCUCACUUUUUCUCUGCACUCUGUUUCUCAAACCAAGCAAGGACGAUGGAAGAGCCGCAAUCGAAGCCCGAAACUAUCCCUUCUUCGGCUUUGGUUGUGGCUGAGGUGGCUCCGGUUGUGGAUGAAGUGCCCUCCAACGAUGCCGUUGCAAAGGAAGCUUCUGGAGCAGAGGAGUCCAAAGAUACCCUUGUUAAACCCGAGAAUACAGAAGUUCCUGAAAAAAAACAAAGCUCGAAAGGGUCUCUUGAUAGAGAUGUCGCUCUGGCUGAAGUAGUUAAAGGGAAAAAGUUGUCCUAUGUGAAGGCAUGGGAAGAGAGUGAAAAGGCCAAAGCAGACAACAGAGCUGAAAAACAUUUCUCAGCAAUUGCUGCUUGGGAAAGCAAAAAGAUGGCAGCUCUUGAAGCUGAGUUGAAAAAAAUAGAGGAACAACUGGAGAAAAAGAAAGCACAGCAAGCUGAAAAGAUGAAAAACAAGAUGGCUUUAGUUCACAAGGAAGCAGAGGAGAAGAGGGCAAUAAUUGAAGCCAAGCGUGGAGAAGAGAUUCUCAAGACAGAAGAAAUGGCUGCAAGAUACCGUGCAACAGGAACCACUCCAAAGAAGACCGUAGGCUGCUUUUAAUUUAUCUUUUUGCCUUUUGGUCUGACGAAAUUUGUAAUAGUUUCACCUCUCUUGUUCUCAAGGUUGUCUAUGUGCAAUGAUUCUUCCAAAGAAGAAAAAGAAAACCAAAGUUUUGUAAA